CAUCCGUUUUAAUAUAAGCACGUGAAAUGGAAAGACAAUGUGUAAUAUUGUUCAACAGUUACUGAACAGAUGUUUGACUAAUGUAAACAAAUCAACAAUAGCAAGAUGGAGGAUGGAGGCGUUAGACAAGUGACAAAGAUUUCAUUGGCGUCUGCUAGAUCUUGUCUAUCAAAAAAAAGAUAUGGCCGAGCAUUCGCCAACUUUUUGUUGUUUCUAAAACUCGCCCCUGAAAAUCACGAUGAUGUACUAGAGGAUUUCGUUAUGACAAUGAGACUUUGGACUGAGAGUCUAGAGAGGGAAGGCAGAAUUGAAGAUUUGUUCAAGUGUUUCGAUCAAGCAUGUGAAAUUUUGCCCGACAAUGAGUCAAUAUUGAACAACAUUGGCGCACAGUUGUUCAGGCUUGGUUAUGCAGAAGAAGCAGUUCUAUACAUAAGGAAGUCACUCCACCUGAACCCAGAAUAUUUAGCAGCAAGAGAAAAUCUUGAAAAUAUUUGCAGCCAUCUAGUUGAAAGAUGGCAUUUCCGCAUGUUAAAUGAUGUACGUAGGAAUUGUGCAUACAGGUCUGCCAUCCAGACAGCUGUCCAGUCUGGUUAUCAUACUGUCCUUGACAUAGGUACUGGCUCAGGACUACUUAGUCUGUUUGCAAUAGAGUCUGGAGCAGGUGAUGUGACAGCAUGUGAAAAAUCCAAGACAAUGUUUGAAAUUGCACAAGAUGUGUUUCAAGAGAAUUCUGCUCUCCAUAAAGUACGCCUCGUGCGGGAAUUAUCUACAGACCUGACUAUUCCAAGGGAUCUACCUGGAAGGGUAUCACUUGUUGUGACAGAGACAUUUGAUGCUGCUUUAUUUGGGGAACGUAUCAUAUCUACGCUGCAGCAUGCCUGGAAGAACCUUCUAAUGCCCCCAACAUCUAGACUGCGUUCCAAGGUGAUACCAAGUGGAGCUACCCUGUACAUUUGUGCAGUGGAAUCGGAGGCCAUCCGCACACAGAACAGGUUUCUUUACCCUGGGUUACACAAGUUGGAUAUAGGAGGCGUGAGUAUAGUGUGUACCACUGGUACUGUGGCUGACGAACCCUACACCACAGAGAACCUCACUCGUCUUCGCCGGGGGUACAAGAUGUUGUCGGAGCCCUCCCUUCUCACAUGCAUCAAUUUCAAUGAUCCUCUGGAACUGGACAUAAUAGCCAGUGGAAUAGAAUGGCAGGCCACUCUACCCGUCACAAGUAUUGGAAAGUUAGAUGCUAUCGUGUUCUGGUUUGAUCUUCACCUUGACGAUGACGUCUCCAUAACGACGAACCCAUCCAUGGAGAACUGCUGGGAACAGGCAAUAUUCCCUGUACUACCAUCUCAUUUUCAUCAAAGCUGUUGUGGAAUGUCUCAUGACACAAAACAUGGUUUUAUAAUCAGAGAGGGAGACUCACUUCAUGUGAAAUUCAGUCUUGGAGAGAAUUGUCUGUGGCUGGUGUCCUGUCACUGUUGCCAUGACAAUGAUGACUCUGUACCAUACAUGCCCAUGGCAGACGUCAUCUGUCCACCUCAGGUCACAGAACAAUAUUUGAUGGACAGGACAGAGAUAGACAAACUGAACAAUCUUUAUUACAAUAAAAUGUUCUCUCAAGCCAUAGACAAACAGAUGUCACUUCUCAACAGUGUUGACAGCCUCAGAAUCCUCGACUUUUGUGGUGGAUUGUCCCCCCUUUGUUUACAAACGUUGAAGGGUAGUAAUCAUCAUGGCAUUGUUAUAGCAAGGGAAGGACUGCAUGAUGUUAUAUGGAAGUUGAUGUCGGUGAAUGGUAUAGACCGUGACAGAUUGCUGCUUGUGGAACCCUCAAAUCUCUCAGAGGUUGAGGGAGAGUGUCAACUUAUCCUCUGCGACAUCAUUGAACAGUGUGGUAUCCUUAAACAGCAAGUACUCGAGGACAUAGCUCUUCUUAGAGCCACCUGUCUGUGUGCUGGAGGAGUCAUCAUUCCUGGCAGGGUCACCAUCCAUGGUUUGUGUGUGGAGUCAGAAAUGUUACACGGGGAUAGUGCCGUCAUCAAUGAACGCACACUAGGCUACAACAUUGCCAAGCACAUGAAUGAUUUCCAGAUGACAAACCAUGUAGAUAUCGACCUGUCAACAUUAUCCCAUGUCAGACUCUCCGACCCAUUUGUCUUGAUGCACUUUGACCUCAAUGAACGUCUCCAUAGCGAUGAACCACCAUCCUUUCUUGAGCAGACACAGGAGGUGAAGGUCACCAUGACUGAUGUAGGUCAUCUUACUGCUGUGGUGUACUGGUUUGAAUUUGAACUGGCAGACGGCUUGAAGUUUACAACACUUGACGGAACCUCGCAUUGGAAACAAGCUGCAGUUAUGUUAAAAUCUUCCAUUGAAUUUACAACAGGACAGACUGUUGACUUUAACGUUUCGUUGAAAAAUAGUUGUAUCAGUAUCAAAAUUGGCAAAGAGUGCAACGAUAGCUCAUGAAUCAAACAUCAAAGUACUGCGGUAGUACCAUUGUAAGAUAAUUAAUGCAUUGAAAUAUGAUUGGCACCCACAUAGGACCUGGGUACUGUGAAUAAUAAUGUCCUUAACAAGCAGGGUUGGACUAUGGAAGACGUAAGGACAAGUUCCGGGAGGAGUGUGUCAGUAGUGAACCAUGUAGAUACUGACUAGAGUUUAGAGUGCUGGACUAAUAACCACCUGUAGUCACCAGUGUGACCACUAACAGAGGGAUUCGGGAAAAACGACCAGUCACAAUUAUAUAAUUCACAUACCUGCUCUGUGCUAGUUAUCUCAUUGAACUUUAAUUGAUUAUUUCAAGAUUAAUUUGGAAACACUAGCUUGUCUGGUUUUGUAUAUCAUUUUCAUGGUUAAAGCAAGGUUUUAAGCAAAUGAAAAUGUAGGCCUUGUAAACCUUUAUCAAGCUCACAGGAAAGCAUUAUCAGUCAGUGUCCAUUCCUAUUUCGUGGGAUAAAAUGUUAAAACUGUUUGGAAUGUUUUGAAUAAGGACAGAAAUUCAUUUUGACAGCAUAAAUGAUGGUAUGAACACUAUGAUGGUAGCUACAGUAGCCGGGUUGUUAGAAUUAUAUAGUUCCAUUGAAUCUACAUUGAUGUUUGAGUAAAAUUAGAUAUUAUACAUCCAUAAACCCCAGUAAUAUAUUUGACUUUUGUCUCAAAUAAUGGCCAUCUUGGAAUUUGGGAUUAGGUAAAUAUGGCAUAAUUCAUAUAUGAUAUCCAUAAAAUACCAUUAACCACUGAAUACCAUUUUUUUUAAAACAUCUUCCUGUGAUAUUGUAAGGUAUUCAUUUACCAUUUACAAAAAAUCCCUGAUUAGUAAGAGCCUUAUAUUGUAUUUUGACAGUAGAUCUCUUUGUUAUAUUUUUAGUGUCCUUGACCCUAGAAACUUUAAUCUUAUAACCAUCUACAAAUAAUAGUAUAUCCCUAUAUGAAUAUCUGAAAUUGUUAGGAUUCUUAGUUAUUCUCUGAACACAAAGUGUGUCGAGAUUGGCACUGUGAUUAUUAUGGAGGGCCUACAGCCCUUCAAAGUACUUUUUAUGCAAACAAACUCCAAAGUAUGUUUCAAAAGCCAAUUCGGUCAAGAUCGGUAUGUAUGUGUAAAUGGGUUAUAGGGACCCUUGGACUAAGUCUGCAAUGAUUGGCCACUAUGCCCUGGCCAUUCCAGAUAACAUUAGCGUAUUUGUCUCUUUUGCUUAGAAAUUGCUUAAAUUCUUCAAAGGUGGGUAGCUCAACCAUUUCCAUGUAAUAACUUCAGUACUAUGUAGUCUUCAGCAGGACCAAUCUGGUACCCGAAUGAAUUUACUUGGUUAACAAAUGAGGAUUUCUUCUCAUUCCAUGUUUCAACCUAGGAACCAAGUUAAAGGGAAUAGGAUUGAUUCAGGGGCCAAUUCUCUGCUAUCGAGUGUGAAUUUCAAUUUUUUUCUAUGUUAUGACCCUGGGACCAAGUCAACUGUGGUAAGGCUGAUCCAAGGAUCAGUUCUAGUAGCACUGUUGUGUUCAUCUCUGCAUGACGAGUAUUUGUAUACAGGUAUGUAUGUCACCCUGGUGAAAUACACACCACUUUCUACUGACUUUGGCUCAUUUGGUAAGAGCAUCAGACUAGUGAACCCGAGGUUCUGGGUUCAAUCCCUUGCUGAGUCAUUGCAUUGAAAAAACAUCACCACUGUUGCAGUGGCACAAGGAUUGCUGACCCCUGGAAAAUCUGUGAAGAGUCUCUUUCCUGAAGGGGAAAUAUGUCAACCUAUUAAAAUGCUAGUUGCUUUCUUCCGACUUGGCAAGGUAGAACUUCUCUUCGGCUCGUUUGGUAGAGCAUCAGACAAGUAAACAAAGAGGUCCUGGGUUCAAACACUUGCAAAGGCGUUGAAAAAUAAUCACCUCUGCUACAUAUAUACAUUUGGAUGAUUGCAUGGUUGAGGGAGUAGCCCCACUCCUAGGGGGAAAUCCUUGCUGCAUAAAUCAUUUGUUACAUGUACAUCUAUACAACAUUGAGUCCCUUUGGUCAAAAAAAUUCACAAGAACAAAUUUAGAAAUCCACCCAGCUGUUUUUGACUACUGGUAGUAGCAUUAAAAAGGAAAAGUUGACAGAGGACAUGUCACAGAUUAAGCUCAUACUUCUUUGGGCAAGGUGAGCUAAAAACUAAACAGAAAACUGAAGAAAGUUUAAAUAGUAUUUAUUACAUAUCAUCAAAUGAACAUAAAAUGUAAGACAACUAGUGUAAGCUAUAACUUUGAGAAAUAAUUUGGUAUGGGUAUGAACACCGCUAGAACUGUUUACUGGUAGGCCAGAACUGCUUCGAUUUAUUCAAUCAUAUUCUUGGCAGUCUUGCAGAUUUUAAAGUUAAGUGGUUGAAGAAAAUGCUAGUGUCCCAAGGAACAUGCAAUAUAUAGCUCUUAAUUUAAAAGUGGCAAAUGUGAAUAUUUUGUAUAGAAAAAAAUAAUGUCCUUCAUUACAACUAGUGAUGUUAGUUCAUAUAGCACAACCAGUGAAAAUGUUUAUGUGACGUUUUGACAACUUAAGUAUCAUAAUUACGUACUCCGUCAUCUUCACCCGAUGUAUACACUAAGGGGGGCCCAUAGACUCCCACACACAUAAAGCUACGACCAAGCAGUGUACUUAACAAUUGGGAACCAAAUAAGCUUACCAAUUCAACUGUCUGAUAUGUUAACACAUAAACUAGAGCACAUGUAUACACUUGACUGGUCAUCUAUCUGAUGAAGGUGGGUCUGCCUAAGUCAUUGAAACAUAAGUUUAUAUACAUAAGUAUUGUUUGAAGCUACACAGUUCUGAGCUGUUAUCGGUUUCCAUAUCUGCCACCAGCCAGAACCUGUUACAGCCAUGAUGAGCAAUCGCCUCUCUAGCCACUCCCCUUACUUCAUCAAGAUGUGGACAUUCCAUUUUUUUCUGUUUAUGACAAUGGACUGCAUGAGAAUGGCAAAGUUCAGCAUGACAGUGUAACAAACUCAGUAAUCUAGCAUUUAUUGUGUUAUACAAUCUCCAUAUAGUGGAGUAGUCCAGACAUCAGCUGUCCGGCUGUCACAUAUAUCUAGGCAAAGAUUUUGAGAUUUCCCUUUUACUGUUUAAAAUUCUCCUAGUUACCGUAUUCGGCUGAUUCACAAAAAACAUUCACUUCAAGCUGGAAAAUGUUUCCAUUACAAUGCUCCAUUAUAUUUACUCCAACCACAAGACAUCAAUAAAAUUUAGAUCUUC